UAGAAACUAUCGCAAAAUGUGUAACACAAAAUUUUAAAGUUUUUGUCCUGAAUAAACUCAGGUUGUAAAAUGGAGCGCGGUACAAGGCGGGGGCAAGGGGCACCGUUCUACGUGCCCCCUCGACGGAAGACAUCCGCUGAGAUCAUAAGCGAAGCCCGAGCUGCUAUCAGUGGAGAGAUGAGUCCAAGUGGAUCAAGCCUGGGCGCGCUUCGCCCGCUUCGCACACGCCGUCCGUUCACACCGCGCGAACCGCAGCGGACACUGUUCAACGAACGCACGAAGAAGAACAGACCGCCUAGUUCUUUUGAUCUCAAAUACAUGACAUUAGCUGAAAGCACGGAAGAGCUGGUGUCUUCAGGGGCAUGCAUCGCGGGGCUCGACGACGAUGAUCUCACACUGAUAAACGAUACACAUAAUGAUAUUAUGAAGAAAAAAUCUUUGAAUCGCAACAAAAUAGCACCACUGGAUAAAACAAACACAGAAUGGAGCGGUUUCCCAAAGUUACCACAUCUCAGUGGUAAGAGUAAACCCUUGCAUCGGAGGAAUACGACUUCUAACAGUGAAAGUAUAAACUCUUUUGAGAGUGAUCUUUCACAAGCAAUUUCAACGAAACCAAUUGGAUCUUCAUCCGGAGACGCUACAUACUACAACACACAGAGUUUUCUACCAAACAAAUUGCUAAGUCCAGAAAAAAGAAGACAGUUCGCGAUGGGCAAGUCUGCGUCAUGUGACAUCAGUAUGGGGGAACUGGGCGACGUUGGAAUCAAACAGAUUGCCGUACAACUACCGAAAACUAGAUAUGAUAAUUAUGAUAAAAUGACGGUUCUAGAACUUUCCGAAGCGUUGUCACAAAAGAGCCGCGAUAUGGAACGUACACUGGAACUACUAAAAGCGUUACAGAAGAAGAUUGAGGUUUCGACACCAACGAAUAAUUUGCUAGAAGUGGUGUUGAGAUCUCUGUACACUCAUAUAGAUGAGGACGAUGAAGUACUGGUGGCUAUUGCGAGAGCUAUGCUUACGGUGCGCGUAACAGGACCUCACCUUGCAGCUGCCUGCAAAUUGGUGUUCAAAAUUGCCAGGAAUGAUAAAAAUGACCAUUUCUUUAAGAAUAGCAAUCUUUUAGAACUGGUGGUGGAGGGCUGCGGCCGCGCCGAGCCGCUCACGGAGAGCGAGUGCUGCGUGUACGCGGCGGGCGCGCUGCGGUUCCUCGCGCUGGAGCCGGCGCUCUGCGCGCUCGCGCACCGCGCCGGCGCGCUUCACCUGGCCUCGCUGCACCUCAAGAUACUCAACACCGCCAAAGCAGAACGUCCGCGCCACGUGUCGGAACAAGCAAUACACGCGCUAUACCAAGUAACAGGCGCGCUUCGAAACCUUGCGAAUGCAACAGAGUAUGCCUGCUCGUUCGUAUCGAGCGGCGCGCUCGCUGAGCUGCUCGCGGCGCUGCGCCUGCACACUGAUAGGGACGUACUCACUAAUGUUGCGAGGUGUCUUAGCGUGCUAUCAGCGCUCGACGCGUGUUGCGAGUGGCUGUGCGCACACCCGCGCAGUGCUAACGCAUUACUCUCAGCGCUCGCGGCGUGUGCGUCCCGCGCGCCGCUCGCUGUGCGACUGGCGUAUACGCUCGGUAAUAUGGCCGCCGCGGACGAGACGGCUAGAAUACGGAUAUACAAUGAAGACAACAGCAUAGAUGUGUUAUUAACAAUUUUGGAAUCAUACACAAAACGUAACAUGAACGACGCACGGGAUCUUAAUUCAGAUCCAGACCUGCAUUUAGUAGGUUCUGACCUAGGCGGGUCAGAUGGAUCUAACGAAGAUAUGCUAAUCAAGACAGUAAGAAUCGUAGCGAACUUAUGUCUUGCUGAGAAUGUUGGGAAAAGUAUAGCGGAGUCACACGCGGAAAGGACAAUUCGGGCUCUUUUGGCUUGUUUAGAUGUAGCUCAAAAAUCUUUGAACAAUGAGUCAUCAGAAGAACCAGAAAGUGAGACCCAAUCCCAGUGCGAAAGACAAGACGAGUUAGCAAUGGCAGCGCUGGCCACACUCAACAAUGUGACGUUCUACUUGGAGCCACCACCGUCGCCGAGACGUAUAGAUGACACGUUGGAUUUAUUGUGUAAAGCCACAUGCGUAUGGGCCCGUGGUUCAGGGCCGGCGGCGUGCGAGGCGCUGCGUGCGCUUGGCAACCUGUCGCGGUCGGCGCGCGCUGCGCAGGUGCUCGUGCUGGAGGGCGCGCUUGAUGUGCUUCCAGCCUUCCACACGCAUGAGGAUGGAAGCGUGCGUUGCGCAGCGGCCGGUCUGCUCGUAAACGUAUGCGGAGCUGGCUGUGGGGCUGAAGCAGGUGCUCUAUCCGCAGUCCAAGCGCUAACAGUUGCUGCGCAAGCUGCUGACGCACCAACAGCCGCGUUACUCGCACGUGCGCUGUGGAACGCGCAUGCGCACAAACCGCUCGACGCGGAUACCGUACAGCGCGCUAGUGAUGCGCUCGCUGUGUUUAUUGACGACGACUCGUUAUUCAGUGUUUGUGAAGCGGCCUGCGUGGGCGAGCGGAGUGACGUAUCUCUAUCUAAACAACAUGUACAGUUUGCCAUAAAUCAAGAAAAUGGUCUACAGUCUAUUCAAGAGUCAAUACAAUCGAAACCAAAGAGUAUGGAACACGAUCUACAUGAUCCUAGUUCAGAUGAAGAUGCUGACAGGACUGGCUCCGGCGAAGACCUAGGUUUUGAAGAUGGCGAGCUAGAAGAUUGUGACUGCGAACCAUGUAGACGACUAGCAGCUUGGGAAGAAUUAGUAGGAGUUGCCAUUCCCUUGUUGGAAAGACUGCGUCCGCCAAGAGCUGACGCGUCUGUGGGAACAGACUAGAACGUUCUAGAAUGUUCUGGAAGCUUCCCGCCGCAAACAAAUGCGUCUCUUCAACGUUUAAUGUGUUCUAGAAUGUUCUAGAAGCUUCCAGUCGCGAGCUGUCGCGACAAGAAAGCGACUGGAGUGUUCUAGAAUGUUCAGAACGAGCUGACGCGAUUGAGAGUCAACAAGAAUGUUCUAGAAGGUUCUAGAGGCAUCUCUCCGAGAAAAGAUGCGUCUGGAAUUUGGAAACCGUUUAGCAUGAAGCUUUGUAGCAUUGUAAUUUGUAUACGAAUAAAUGUUGUGAUAUGUGA